UCUCCGCGGCGGAACACUUUUCGCAGAUCCGAGCAUCGAGGAAGAGCACGUUGGGCGCGCUGCUGGGUGCACCGCCCGGUCCACCGGCCUCGGUGCCGGGACACGUGACGAUCCAGGUACGAGUACCGUACAGAGUAGUAGGUCUGGUGGUAGGACCGAAGGGAGCGACGAUCAAGAGGAUUCAACAUCAGACGCACACGUACAUCGUGACGCCGAGUCGCGACAAGGAGCCGGUCUUCGAGGUUACGGGCCUCCCGGAAAGCGUGGAAGCUGCGAGACGCGAGAUCGAGGGACACAUCGCCCUUAGAACGGGCACCGGUCUGGCCGAGGAGGAUCUCUUGGGUGCUUUGUGCCGUGGCGGCCUCGGCUCGAUCCUCGGCUGUCUCGUACCACCAGGAACAACGCCCUGCAACGACUCCAAUUCGAAUUCGAACGACUCCAGCGGCGGCUUCUCCUCCAGCGGCAGCUGCAGCAGCUCCUCCAGCAGCUCCGGAGCACCGGGACUACACGAUCUCGUAGCGAUAUGGGGAGCCGGCCUCGAGAGAGACGAGGGCCUCGGCGAGUCGCCCUCCUUCGAAUCUCAGGCGGCCUCGGCCUCCUCCAUUUGGUCAUUUCCCGGCGUAGCGCUACCCUCGAGGCCCUCGCCUCCGGCAUCGGCGAGUCCAGCGUCGCCGACGGAUUCCCUUCUAGGAGGCGGUAGCGCCGGUGGCCGUCGCGAGUGCGUCGUAUGCGGCGACAAGGAGGUCACCGCCGCCCUCGUGCCCUGUGGACACAAUUUAUUUUGUCUCGACUGCGGCAACAGGGUCUGCGAGAGCUCCACUCCGAUGUGCCCCGUCUGCUCCAGGCCCGUUCUACAGGCGCUUCGCAUCUUUUCAUAAACGGCCGCGUGCGCACCCGAGCGCACCCGAGCACAGCUCCCGCACGCUAACAAGCACGACGGACGCGCACAAUCUCUCAAUUCCACUGCUGCCAAUAAUCUCUUUAACGCGCCAGGAACGUUUCGAUCUUUCUGAUACGUCGUUUCGUUCCCAGUGCCCGAUCGGAUACAACGAAGUCAGCUUUUAAGUUUUAUCACGCAGACAGUAGAGAGCUAGUAAGAGAGAAAACGAGAGAUAGAUAGAUAGAUAGAUGGAUAGAUAGAGAGAGAGAGAGAGAGAGAGAGAGAGGGUGCGGAGAGAAAGAGAGAGAGAGAGAGAGAGAGAGAAGGAGAGAGAAAUACGUAGACACUCUCAUUGUCGUCGCGUCCUUCUCUUCCAGUCUCAAUGCGUAGCUUUUCGCCUUCGAAAAGUAUCGACUCGGUCCUACGCGUAUGACCUCCUUCAAGGAACUUUGUCUCCGCUACUUCACCAACUAUCGGAAAACUUUCGACGGAGAGCUUCUCUUUUUCCUUCGAACAGUUUUAUUUAUUCUUGACGAUCUCGUCUCGGCUUCCAUCCUUCUUCGAGCGUUUGAACGAAAAUCGUACUCGCUCGGAUAUGUUUCACGUUUCGACGAAAUUUUCUUUCAUUCUCAAUAAUAUGUCAGUCGAAUUAAUUAAAUAAAAUAAAUAUUUUCCGAGCGAGUUUCGCGAAUCAAAGAAUGUGUGAAAAACCUUUUCAAUGGGACAACGAUUAGUCGAGUGUGCCAUUUUAAACUCGAUCACGUUCAACAAAAUACUUCUUCCAGUAGCGGCAUUUUUCAAAAUCGGCAACGUGCCUUCGACGACGAUAUUUAAAAGAAAAAAUAAUAAACAACAUUAACGCCAGAAAUCUCGAAAUGUUCGAUCUCGUUCCGUCGUCGAAGGCACGCGAUCGUUAUUUCGAGGUUUCACGCGAAAUGCUGCGUAGCGAAUGGAAAUAAUUCCGGAGAAUGAUUAUUAAAGUUGAAUGCGAAGCGAAGGACGACGUGAGAGUGAGAGAGGGAGGGAGGGAGGGAGGGAGGGAGGGAGAGAGAGAGAGAGAGAGAAAGUAAGAGAGAGAACAAGAGAGAAAUAUAUUCUACAAACGGAGAACGAUGCUUACGUGUCUCUCAAAGCGCAACAUAGCUCGUACGACGACUCGUAAAACGCGCUUGUUCCACCUGGCAUCCCUCGCUACUAAGAGUAUUAUCUUACAUUUAUAUAAGCAAAAUAGCAAUUAAAGUAAUUAUAAUAAUAAUAAUAAUAAUAAUAAUAAUAAUAAUAAUAAUAAUAAUAAUAAUAAUA